UUUUUUUAAUCCCACCUCUUAUACUCUUUCUCUCCUUUUCUUGUAGUUUUAGAGAGGAGACUGACACGCCAUAGAACAUCAGAAUGUUUCAAUUUGGGUCGAAGUUAUUACUUGUAUUUUUGCUGGCAUUCCCAUGUGGCCUACUGUCUGUUGGGCAUGUAUCCGCAGAGGAUGAGCUAGAAGAUGAAGUUAUUCCAGAUGCUGCAGUUGAAGAAGAGGAAGACGAGGAAGAGGAAGAUGAGGUGGUAGUGGAUGACCCUCAAGCUUCAGACACAGAGCAAAUGGAUGAACUAGAUGAAGACGCCCUCGCUACAGAUGUGACCUCUCAUGCUGACGCUGACACCACCAUCAUCUUUGUCACAGGAGAAGAGUUUCCUGCUGAUGAGAUUGUGAAGUUCCUCGUGGGUUUCACCAACAAGGGCACCACCGAUUUCACCAUGCAGUCUCUGGAAGCCUCCUUCCGUUACCCUCAGGACUUCCAGUUCCACAUCCAGAACUUCACAGCCUUGCCCCUGAGCAUCGUGGUGCCGCCUACGAAACAGGCCUCUUUCGAGUAUUCCUUCAUCCCUGCCCAGCCCAUGGCUGGCCGUCCAUUUGGCCUGGUCAUUUUGCUGAACUACCAGGACAGCGAGGGCAAUACUUUCCAGAGUGCCAUCUACAACCAGACUGUCACCAUCACCGAGCUGGAUGAGGGACUGGAUGGAGAGACAAUGUUCUUGUACAUAUUCCUUACUGGACUGAUUGCUCUUGUGGCCUUCGGAGUGUACCAGGUGUUGGAAACCCGCACGAGGAGGAGGCUAACAGUGAAGGUAGAGACAGGCACCGGUGGCAUGAGUGACGUCGACAUCAGCUGGAUUCCUCAGGAAACUUUGAACGUAAUGAACAAAGCCUCACCGAAGCCCUCUCCAAGGAAGCGCGCCAAGAGAACAGCUGGCACCACAGACCAGUAAACCGCUCGCAUGUGGCUCAUUGUCAUAUCCAUGUACAAGUGCUCAAGCCCCACAUGCUGUAAGCUCCAUCCACCCAGCGACCACACGGCUCUCAACGACGAGGCUGUCACGAUCAGACAAGACCUCAUUCAAUAUUACACCCCCCUCUUCCCAUACUCAGGACUCAUCCAUCUUAUCCAGAGCCCCCUGAUCAAAGAGACCGAGGCAUGGGACUCCUCAUGAGAACAGUCCAUAUCAACAGAUCAGAUUAAAAUUUAAACCGAUCACGGUGGGGACUGAUCCUUUUAAUCAGCAGACGGCCAAUGGCGCUGCAAGACUGAUAUGAGUUGAGACUGUGUGAUUCAAUCAGUAUGCUAAACCAAAGACAGAGGAGGUGUUAGAUCAUUUCCAAGUGAAAAGAAAAACUAUAACAGCACACUGCAAUUCUUGUGUUUUCUAGAGUGGGAGUUGAAUCAUUUUCAUUCUGAUACUAUGACCUAAGUCUAUGUCCUUUCCUACAACUGUUCUGUUGCUAUUUCUUGACUAGUAUAGUCUGGUAUAGUUUCAAAGUGUGUUCAGGUGAGAGGACUAAGGAUGACCUGAGCCAUUUCCCUUGAUCAUUUUGAUUGAUUCCACUGUGUCUCAUAAGUAACCCCAGUCUGGGUUUAUUUAAAUGGGUUAUAAUUUUGAAAUGUAUUGUGAGAAGAUAUUUGAGUUUUUUUGUAUCUCUGUGAUGCUGGUUAUCUCUUCCUCAUAACAUCUUCAAGCUGUAUUUUGCAUAAGAAUGUCUUGACAUAGGAAAUAAAUUCUCAAAACGUUUCACUUGUGCAUUUACAGAA